AUUCCAAAGUCCCAAUGUGUAAGUGUGAAUAAAGACAGUGUGUUGUAUUUAUCCAUUUCUUUCUUAUCACAUUGGAGAAGAUAUUAUCAUAUCUGUCUGAUUUGUGUAAAACCGCUGAAGUCAAAUGGUGCAUCGCUCUCGGAGUGUUGGUACCUGACGGAACAAAAAGGGGAUCUCAAUGGAUAACACCAAACCUCUUAUCGAACUGGAACCAGACGAUGAUGGCAGAAUCAGAAGAACCGGGAAUGUGUUGACGGCAAGCACACACAUUAUAACUGUGGUGGUAGGGGCAGGGGUGCUGGCUCUGGCAUGGGCCAUGGCACAACUAGGAUGGAUAGCUGGCAUAGGAAGUAUCGUGACCUUUUCAGCUAUCUCCAUUUUCACUUACAGUCUUGUUGCCGAUUGUUACAGAUAUCCAGACCCUGUCACUGGCCAGAGAAAUUAUACUUAUAUGCAGGCUGUCAAGGCUUACUUAGGUGGAAGAAUGUAUGUGCUUUGUGGACUGGUUCAAUAUACGAAGCUCGCUGGGAUCACGGUGGGCUACACAAUAACUUCUUCCACAAGCUUGGUAGCAAUAAGAAAAGCAAUUUGUUUCCACAACACUGGAAAAGCAGCUUCCUGCAAGUUUUCCAACAAUCCCUUCAUGAUAGGCUUUGGGAUUUUGCAAAUUUUCUUGUCUCAGAUUCCAAACUUUAACGAGCUUACAUGGCUCUCAACUGCUGCUGCCAUCACCUCUUUUGGUUAUGUAUUCAUUGGUAGUGGGCUAUGUCUGUCGGUCGUCCUCUCAGGAAAAGGAGCUGCAACCAGCAUAACCGGAACCAAACUACCCGUAGAAGAUAAACUUUUGAAGGUCUUCACUGCAAUGGGAAACAUAGGUCUUGCGUGCACUUACGCUACUGUCAUUUAUGAUAUCAUGGACACAUUAAAGUCACAUCCAGCAGAAAAUAAGCAAAUGAAAAGGGCCAACGUGCUAGGGGUGACAGCAAUGACAAUAUUGUUCUUGCUGUGCAGUGGCCUUGGCUAUGCUGCUUUUGGGGACAACACUCCUGGGAACAUCUUGACCGGAUUUACCGAUCCCUUCUGGUUGGUCGCACUGGGGAACGGAUGCAUCGUAAUGCACAUGAUUGGAGCAUAUCAGGUGAUGGGUCAACCAUUCUUUCGUAUAGUUGAAAUGGGUGCCAACAUGGUGUGGCCAGAUUCAGAUUUCAUAAACAAGGAAUAUUCAUUCAUGAUGGAACACAAAGGCAUUACAUUCAAGGGUUCAAGAGGCACAUCUCCUUUAGCAUCAUCAUCACCAACGUCAAUGACAUCUGGUGGAUGGUCAGGGGCUACUCCUUCUUCUACAACCGUUGCAGAAGGAGGUUCUUUAUCUGCAGGUUGUUCAUGUUGCUCACCUGCAUGUGCACCUCUUUCAUUCCCCUCACCCUCAACAUCACCAACAGCUUCAUGACCUGAAGGAGAUUGUUCCACCUUCUGAGACUUUCGACGAUCACCAACUGGUACUUCUUCACACUUGGAACCUUGAGGCCUCGCUCCCUCAUCCAAAUUGAAAGCACGACGUAUGUUGGCCUUUAGACAAUCAUGGUCACUAAGGUACCAAUUAAAAUGUACCUAUAACAAUGAAAAUAAAUACCUCAAUCACAUAACAGUAGAAAUCAUAAAAAUAACGAUAUAAGUUGUUAACAAAGUUACUUACCUCACUAGUUUAAACAAACUUUCUAUUUUUUUGGUACUAUAAUUUAAUGCAUGAAAUCGCCUAACACGCCGAAAUUUCUUGUGAGAAAAAUGACCAUGCAAACCAAGGCUACAAUUAAACCAAUAAAAUUAAUGAAACAAGUUAUUACAAUGGAUUGACUUAAUACAAUAAACAAGAACAAUAAAUCAUACCUACAAAACAAUAGCAUUGCCAUUUAUGCUCAAAGAAUCAACAAUCGUUCCAGAAAGUAAUUUCUUAUUACAUCUAUUUAGACUAU